UGUAUGCUUUGGGGACGAAAGAGAGAAUGCUAAUUGGCGCGAUGGCUAGUGGUGUGUUGUAAUUUGUGCCCGAGGAGUUUGUGUGUAUUGGUUGGUGAAAUGUGAUUAUUUUAUUCCUAUUAACUUCAGUUUAGUGUCCAGUGAAGUGAAGUGUUGUAGAAAAUGUAGUGGUGUACAGACUCUAUCCCGAAACCGACUCAUCGAAAUUUUUUUGAUUUUGUUAAAUGUCAUCAUCUGUAGCAGUCGUGACUCGAGCGUGAUUUCACUUCAGACGUAGAGUUAAAUAAUGUCAUCGCUUCAGAAGAAAGUUCUUAAAACUAAUCUCCCUCCUUGCCCGUCUGUUGCAAGAAGGCGCCUUGCAGUGGGCAGUAAACGUGAUUACGCUCCCACAAAAUGGAAUAAAUAUUUCAGUGAAUAUGAAGAUGUGCAUGUUCGAGAAAACACAUUUCGUGUGUAUAAGCGAGGUGACAGUGGUCCUGCUUUGGUUUUAUUACAUGGUGGAGGAUUCUCUGCACUUACUUGGGCAGUCUUUUCAGCAUCGGUGACAAACUUGGUUGCGUGCCGAGUUCUGGCUAUUGACCUGAGGGGCCAUGGCGACAGUGAAACGACAGAUGAUGAGGACCUGUCUGCUAAGACAAUGGCAAGUGACGUUGGAGAUACUAUAAGCAUGCUGUAUGGCACUGAUGCUCCCCCAGUAAUUUUGAUUGGACACAGCAUGGGUGGGGCAAUUGCAGUUCAUGUUGCUGCUGCUGAUUUAAUACCAUCACUUUGUGGACUAGUGGUAAUAGAUGUUGUUGAAGGGACUGCUAUGGAUGCUCUUACAAGUAUGCAGAGUUUCUUACGUAGCCGCCCCACUGGGUUCAAAUCAAUAGAACAAGCUGUCGAAUACAGUGUUCGUAGUGGACAAGUCAGAAAUUUGGAGUCAGCUAAAGUUUCUAUGCCUGGCCAAAUAAAGAACUGUGUUACUAACAAGGCAGCUACAAAUGACCUUAAUUUGUAUGAACCUUCAGAGGAAUCACUCGUUGCUGAGAUAUUAUCUUCCGAGAAUGUUAUCCAAGAAGAACCAAGUGGAGAAGAAAAUGACAACACUUCUUGUAGUGGUACAAAUGCAACUCAUCGUACCAAAGACUCUUCAGAUACAGAUGAUACGUGGGAACAACAAAGCUGUUCUGUCCAAGAAAAGAAACGCAGUAGAACAGCUGACAAAUAUACGUGGCGAAUAGACCUAGCAAAGACAGAGAAAUAUUGGUCUGGAUGGUUCAAAGGACUGUCUAACAUUUUUUUGAAUUGUCCAGUGCCAAAAAUGUUAUUGUUGGCUGGAAUAGAUAGGCUGGACAAAGAGCUCAUGGUUGGGCAAAUGCAAGGUAAAUUCCAGUUGCAAGUUUUGGGACAGUGUGGCCAUGCUGUGCAUGAAGAUGUUCCAGAAAAACUAGCAGAUAUAAUGGCAUCAUUUAUGGACUUUCCCUGCAUGCUAAAAAAUAAGAAAGAGUACAAGAAGACAAGAAACUGGGAAAUGCAAUGUGUUCUGAGGUGGAGAAAUUGGCUGACAGUUCUGCUCUCAGAAGAUGCAUUUGAUGCAGAAGUUCUUCCAGCUCCUUUGGGUAAAGCUUUUUAUCUCUGCAAGUACACAGCUGCUACUUCGCCGUUGAAUUCCAGCAUGUAAGAGCUGAGCAGUAUGCAUUAUGAAGGUUCAGAAAAUCGUUUCAGUGGGGAGCAGCCUUAACUUUGUUUCCUGGUCCCAACAGUGGUUGUUCAAUUGUAAGGUGUACUUUUGUGCUGUUCACAAUACUGUAAAUUUUGAGAGGGAGAAACUGACUUCAAUGGCUGUACAACAAAUAAUAUAAUAAAUGAUUUUUACCUCCCUCAGUAAAUAGAUAUGUAUAUAUUAUUAACAUCUUGCCUGUUGUUGUGCAUUCUCAAUGGUCUUUUGGCAAAUAAGGCAUUAUUCAUGUCUGCUAUAUCCUUUUGUCUUCUUAUAUGAAUGAAAUGAUUAUAACUUUCAUUACUAUCACUUACAACAUCUGCAAAAUAUAACUUCAAACUGCAGCGUAGCAGUAUUAUUUCAUACAUCCAGAAUGUCUGCGUUUUUGGACGUGUUCCAUAACAAGAGAGAGUAAGAGUGAGUGUGUAGCAUACUGUAGGAGAAAUUAAGAUAUUUAUUACUUGCUUAGACAAAUUCCUGAGUAGAUUAAUAAAUCUAAUUAUCAUAUCUACACAUUUUUACAUCUUCAACCACUCUCUGCAUGAAAUGGUACAGUGUCAUUAAGCCCUUUCUUUGCUUGUCCUAAAGUAGAUAUUAUGUUCAAAUCAUGUCAGCAAAUUUCUUUUUGCUGCUGCAUCAAUCCUCUGAAGUUGCAUUUCAUGUUCCGUACUCGAGUAAUUUAACAUGUUGACUACCAUGAGGCAACUGGUGGACACAGUGGAGCCUUGUGACUGACAUUGCGUGCCCGCUGACAGCCACACAUUCAACUCUAUUCAGUCUAGUAGUGUGCAUUAACUGGUAUUCCUUGAUUAAGUUGAUUCUAGUAUACAGUAAGUCUGGUACUGUAUCUUGUUCAACUUUUAUUAUUAUAUUAUUAUUAUUAUUAUUAUUAUUAUUAUUUUGCAAGUUUAGGUUCAAUGGUUUUUAUUACUAAUUCUUUACAAAAUUACAUCAUGGCUCUAAAUCCAUUAUGAAGCUGACUCCUAAUUUACCUUUUGAUAUGGACAGUGAGAUUUCCUGUCAUAUAACUUGAAUGUAAAUGGUUUUCACUCAAAUAAAUUCCACACUGUCAACAUUUUAAAUUUCCAAAAACUGACUGGUUUCACUGAAGAAUUAUUGAGGAUGCCGAAAAAAUAAGGUUUUUAUGGUGAACCAGAAUUAUCAGUGACAAUGACGUAUUGGUAAUGGUGAUGGUGAUGGCAGUAGACAGCAAGAAACCUACAGUAGUUUGAACUGUACGAGGCCACAACUAUGACGAAGGCUAAACUGGUAAUACCAUCCAUUUACAGGCUGCAUUGAUCCGCAGUAUGUGAUUAACAGGGUGCAGGGGAUUGUGAUGGAAUUAUGAACACAACUUCCAAAGAUAUGCUGUAUUGAACAGAGUGGAACUAGGGGCUGCCUGCUGGCACACAUCAGGCAUGAGACUGCUGCAUCAGCCAGUGGCCUUGUGGCAGCCAACUUGUUAAAAAUGCAUCCCAUUCAGUUGCACUACUCACCAAUGCCUUAUGUGGAUGCACAUGAGAAUUAUUACACAAGUCUCCACUUUCUUUUACUCUUGGAACCCAUUGUGCAAUAUAGCACAGUCUUCUAGACUUUGUCAAAUUCUAUUUUGAGCAUAAGAAUGAAAAUUAUCAUAGUUGUGAUUGUUGUUGUGUGUUGUACAGUAUGCAUUAAAUGAGCAAUAUUGUACUCGAUUUUGCCUGUAUAAAUUUGUUUUCUUUUGUGUUACUUGUACUUUAACCUAUAUAGUUUGCCUCUGACUGUUGUAAGCAAUUUUGACUCUUUACUGUUAUCGCCUUUUAAUGUUUUAGUGCCUUUUGUUUUUCAUAAAUCACUGCUUUUAUACUAUAAUUGGAAGCAAAAGAUAACAUCUCAGUUUGUAGCACAAAUUGUGUCCAAAACACUUUUUCUCCUAACUGAUAAGAACCAUUCAUUUGAUCAACUUAUUUUCAUAAUUUGUUGAAUAUUUAUUUUUUUCCUAAUACCAGUGCUUUAGUGCACUUGUCUUGAAAGACUGUUUAAUACUAUGUACAAAUUUCUUCAAAUGGUAUUAUGGCCAAGAUAAAACAAAUCUUUUACUGCAAAGGGUCCAUAGAGUUAUGAUACAGAAAAGUAACAAUUCUGGAAAUGAUUGUUUCCAGGUAUAUUUUUGAAAUACAUAUUGCCAACACACUUUUUGUGGACAUUUGAUGAACAAGCCAAUUUGUAUUCUGAUUUGUUUGUUGUUUAAAGUUGAAAAUAUAUUUAUUUCAUUCAUUGAAGUAGACAUUAUGCCAUAACUGUAACUUAUCACACCCUUCAAGUAACUUUGCAAUGGGCCGAAUUCAGACGAUUUUUUUUAUUUUCCGCUAUGACUGUUGGAUGAAAUAAAAUAAAGUGUUCUAAAAAUUUU